UUUCCCAGCCUCCCCUUCCCGUCAAUUAAAAGAUAAAAAAAGAUUAGUGAGCACAUGAGUCCGACCUUGAACAGCAGCGAGUGCUCAUGUCACUCAUCACUGCCGAUCUGUCUGAUUCCGAAUGGGCACGAAUGGGCGAUAUAAAACGAUAGUGAACAGUUCCUGCCGAGAUACCGAAGUCACUCGCCGCACGAUUGCCUCGCCAUCGUGCCCAAUCAUUCCAAUACAACACGAUAGUCUGAUUAUGUGAUAACAAAUGGACUUAUUAGGCGCAACUUGAGAUGGCCCGUGCACUCGCAACUGUACGAGGAGACUCUGCAUUCAAUUGCUGCACCCUUGGAAUGUGAUAGUAGUAUUACUGGGAUAAUGAAGCGUAACGCUGUUAGUCUGAUCAAAUUCGUCUUCCUCGCGGCGAUCACAGUGGUAACGACUGUCAUAGUAUUUCGCUAUGUGAGGAGCGGGAAAAUAAACUACUCCAGGGGGGCCCACUCACUGCAACUGCAUAAUUAUCCGGAGGAUCAACAAAAAAAUGAGAAGCCGGAGAAGGCCUCCCGAUCGGCGAAGCUCGACUGGCACAACUUGAAGUUGAUAAACGAGGAGUCAAAAAGAACGGGAAUGGGCGAGCAAGGGAGACCUGCGACGCUGCCGCCCUCGUCGUCGCCCCUCCGGGACAAGUUGUACCAGACGAACGGCUUCAACGCAGCCCUGAGCGACCUGAUCGCCCUGAACCGCUCGAUCCCUGACAUUCGGCACCCGGACUGCAGGCGAAAGAAAUACCGAUCGAAAUUGGACUCGGUAUCAGUGAUAGUGUCAUUCCACAACGAGCACUUCUCCACGCUAAUGCGCACCUGCUGGAGCGUGGUGAACCGUUCGCCCCCGGAUCUCCUGGAGGAGAUAAUCCUGGUGGACGACGCAAGUACAAAACUGGAUUUAAAGUCGAAGCUGGAUGACUACAUCGCCAAGGAGCUGCCUCUGGUGAAGAUAAUUCGUCUGCCAACUCGUUCGGGGCUGAUAAGGGGGCGCCUGGCAGGAGCUAAAGUGGCGAGGGCGAAGGUCCUGGUGUUCCUGGACGCCCACACGGAGGCGAACGUCAACUGGCUGCCACCGCUGCUGGAGCCCAUCGCGGAGAGCUACAAGACCUGCGUCUGCCCCUUCAUCGACGUGAUAGCCUACGACAGCUUCGAGUACAGGGCGCAGGACGAGGGUGCCAGGGGCGCCUUCGACUGGGAGCUGUACUACAAACGUCUUCCCCUGCUCCCCGAGGACCUCAAGCGCCCAGCGGAGCCCUUCAAAUCCCCGGUGAUGGCCGGAGGGCUCUUCGCGAUCAGCGCGAAAUUCUUCUGGGAGCUGGGGGGGUACGACCCCGGCCUCGACAUCUGGGGAGGGGAGCAGUACGAGCUGUCCUUCAAGAUAUGGCAGUGCGACGGGGAGAUGUACGACGCACCCUGCUCGAGGGUCGGCCACAUCUACAGGAAAUUUCCGCCCUUUCCGAAUCCUGGGAGGGGCGACUUCCUGGGGAAGAAUUAUAAAAGAGUGGCCGAGGUGUGGAUGGACGAGUACGCAGAGUUCAUUUACAAGAGGAAGCCCCAUCUCAGGAGCCUCGACCCUGGGGACCUGCGGGAGCAGAAGGCACUGAGGUCCAGGCUACGGUGCAAGUCCUUCAAGUGGUUCAUGGAGAACAUUGCGUUCGAUCUGGUGGAGGUUUAUCCGCCGAUUGAGCCUGAGGACUUUGCCAGCGGGGAGAUCAGGAGCAUUGGAGCCCCUGAGAUGUGUCUCGAUGCCAAGAAGAGGAGGAAGGACGAGGCCAUUGUCAUGGAUUCUUGUGUCAGGGACCUGGGGAAGAAUAAUGGGAACUUUGAGCAGGAGUUCAGGCUCACUUGGCACAAGGAUGUCAGGCCCAAGGGGAGGACCGAAUGCUUGGAUGUCUCCAGUGGGGACUCCAAGGCUCCUGUCACGCUUUAUCCGUGUCAUGGCAAGCAGGGGAAUCAGCUCUGGAGGUACGACAUCGAGAAGCAGUGGCUCAUGCAUGGGUAUUCACAGAGGUGCUUGGAGGCAGACCCUGGGGGCAAGAGGGUCUUUGUUACUGCCUGUGAUCCCACGAGCUCCACGCAGAAGUGGAGGAUUCAGGAUGUCAAUAUGAAGGCUAUCAAUGGCUGAGAAAUUUUGGACCACAAAGUUACUGAGGGGAGAUAUCAUUCCGAAUAUUUUCGACAUUUGAACUAGUCAUUGGAGUUUUUUUUUUGGUAACGCUGAUACUUUAGACUUUUUUCGAUGUUAUGGAGGAAAAAUUUUAUAG